UUUUCUUUCAUUAUGCGCCGGAAUAGAGCUCAGAUUAAAAGAGCACAUUUUAAAGACCUUUUGACUAUGUUCGUGGUAAGUAUUCUCACUAACAAAAGCCUAUUUGUUAUUUUUGGUGGCGAUAUAUAAUCUAUCUCUGUCUGGAAACCAAAUCAGCUGCUCUAGAGUAUAGUCAUAGGCAGAGGACAACAUGGGCCCGCGCAGGAGAGGGGCAGGUUCAAAAGUCCUGUCCUCUCAGAGGUCCGGCGGCCCCAAUGCAGAGGUCUUCAGAAAGAAGCACAAUAUCUGUAUGGUGUCAGACUUUUUCUAUCCAAAUAUGGGAGGAGUGGAAAGUCACAUUUACCAGCUGUCCCAGUGUCUAAUUGCAAUGGGACACAAGGUGGUAAUUGCCACCCAUGCCUAUGGCAGGAGGAAAGGCAUCAGGCACCUGACAAAUGGUCUGAAGGUGUACUACCUCCCAUUACAGGUCAUGUACAACCAGUCCACAGCAACCACGUGCUUUCACAGCCUGCCCCUGCUACGCUGUGUGUUUGUUAGGGAGCGGAUCACCAUCGUACACUCACACAGUUCCUUCUCUGCUAUGGCUCACGAUGCACUUUUCCAUGCCAAAACCCUGGGUCUCAAUACUGUGUUCACUGACCACUCACUCUUUGGUUUUGCCGAUGUCAGUUCUGUGCUGACCAACAAACUUCUGACUAUUUCACUCUGUGAUACCAACCAUAUAGUGUGUGUCUCAUAUACCAGUAAAGAGAACACAGUCUUGCGAGCGGCUCUCAACCCAGAAAUAGUCUCUGUCAUUCCUAAUGCUGUGGAUCCUACAGACUUUACCCCUGACCCUUCACAGCGCCAACAUGAUAAGAUUACAAUUGUUGUAAUAAGUCGGCUUGUUUAUCGCAAAGGUAUUGAUCUUCUUGGUGGAAUAAUCCCAGAGCUUUGCCUUAAAUAUCCAGAUUUACACUUCUUAAUUGGAGGCGAAGGACCAAAACGGAUUGUUUUAGAAGAAGUAAGAGAGAAAUACCAACUACAUGACAGAGUGCGUCUGCUGGGAGCUCUUGAGCAUAAGGAUGUGCGGGGGGUUCUGGUGCAAGGUCAUAUCUUCCUGAACACAUCUCUAACUGAAGCUUUCUGUAUGGCCAUUGUGGAAGGAGCCAGCUGUGGACUGCAGGUCGUGAGCACUCGUGUUGGAGGUAUUCCUGAGGUGUUGCCUGAGGACCUUAUUACUUUGUGUGAGCCCACUGUGCGGUCACUAUGUGCUGGUCUGGAGUCAGUCAUUGCACAACAUCGCGCUGGAGCUGUGCCUUCACCUGCUUCUAUUCAUGCACGGGUCCGUAACCUGUACACAUGGAGGAAUGUUGCAGAGAGGACUGAAAAGGUUUAUGACAGAGUUGCAGAAGAGGAGGUCCUGCCCCUGGACAGACGGAUACACCGGCUGAGGACUCACUGUGGCCCUGUGGCAGGGACCAUCUUUGCAUUUGUUGCUGUAUUAGACUUUCUGUUUCUGCUCCUCCUUCAGUGGCUGGUGCCAGAUCAAGUUAUGGAUGUUGCCGUAGAUGCCACUGGUCCUCAUGGGUUAUGGAAAGGGGAACAAAAAGAUGAGAUGGAUAGUAAACGGGAAUUAAGUAGAGAGCACAAUUUGUAGCAGAGUGCAUGGUGAGUCUUUAAAUACAUAAUAUUGUUUAUAUUACUGAUGAUCAAACCAGGGCUAAGAGCUACUACUGUACAAGUGUAUGAGAUGCUCAGGGAAAUUGUGGUACUCUUGUGAAUAGGCCUAUAUUAAAUAGCACUUUUUAUACAUACUCCCAUGACAUUGCUUAAGGACAAGAUAAGUUUUAUUAACCUUAUACCAGUUUGCUUUGUCUUAAACAUCCUGUUCAGGCGUUGGUGCCAUUUUUUUAUUACAUUUGACAAGUUUUAGGCUUAUUUUAAUGCAAACUACUGAUUGUUUUUGUUGGUCACUGGGUAAUAAAGCACAGUUUGUUGCACUGUACUGGAAUUAACACAAGAUUAUUUAUUUUUGAGCUAAAAACAAUUUUAUGUAACUGUUCUUCCUCAUUUAUUCAACAUGUCUCUGUGGUUGCUUUUACUACAUUGUGGUAAAUAAAUACUUUUUAUUAUCAGCCA